GGUGGAUCAAUCAAGGACGGUCAAUGUUUGUCAUUGAGGGCGGAGUCCAACCCUCUUCGCCAUGGGACAAUUGUAUUCCACGUUUCGUCUUCAUUGUUUAUGAUGUUCGACAAUACGUUGCUCACUGGUCCUUGACUCGUACUCGAGCUGAUUGUUGCUUUACAGUCAGUCCCACAGUUCCACACUUCGGUUUCUCAUAUAUGAACUUCAUGGAUUCCUUGAUACUGAUACCAAACCUUUUCCAUCUGCCCAAAUCAAACCUUCUAUUCAGACAUGUACUUUCCUCCCCCUUUCACAGGUCACCUUCCAAAGCUGCCUUUAGAAAACAUGAAGGUACUCGCAGUCGACCGCCUGUUUUGGAUUUCAGGAUAUGAUGUCGAAAAACACGAAUGGAUUAAAUUCCAGGGUUUGAAUUGCGAUACAUCCACCUACGAUAAAGAUGCAUGGAGCAAGCUGGUCAAGGACCGACAGACCAAGGAUCUCAUACAAUCUAUAUUGGAUACCAUUGGAUGUUCUCCUGGCAAUGCACAGCCAGAGAAGGUUCGGAGAGGCAUGAACAUCCUCCUGCAAGGGGCCCUAGGGACGGGCAGAAAGACAGUUGCUCAUGCAGUCUGCAACAUUCUCAAGCGCCCUAUGCUUGACAUUCGGGUGAAUGACAUCCCAUGCCUUACCGAUGUGAAACUGUGGGCCGACGAACUAGCAUUGCUUGCGGUAAAUUGGAAUGCAGUGAUGGUCGUACACCGCGGGGAUUAUUUCAUGAAGUCUCGAUGUGCAGAUAAUCGGAAACGCAUCAACACGGUCAUUCAAUCAUUCGAGUCAUCCGGGUGCAUCUGUCUGUGGCCCUCAGUGCUGACGGACGAGCAGAAGACACUAAUCAGGUCGUUCUCGAUCACCAUCGAAUUCCCCGACCUCGAUCUGGAAGCCCGUCGCCAACGUUGGUUACAACUUUUUGGCCGAGAUGAUCUGGUGGGGACUUACUCUAGCGGCGAGCCCUCAUCAGUUCCUACUGUAAUGGAUACGGAGGUGUGGACCUUCAUUCGGGAGAUUGAGAAAAUCUCUUGGUACGAACUCAACGGAGUGGACAUUCAAAAUUUCAUGGAUGAGGCACGAGACUCAGGCUUGGCUGAGGGACGAGAUCCAACCCCUCAGGACGUCAAGAAGUCUAUCAAGUCACACGAAGUGCCUCUUCCUGUACGAAGCAAGAUAGCGCGGUUUUUCGCGCUUCGUGAAAUGGAUCCACCCGACUCGGCGAGUGAGGAACCAAGUUUCUCAAAAAAACAGUGAAUGUGUUUAACGUACCUGUCUGAAAUAUGUGUUUGCUGCCUUGUAUUUGAUAGUGCUAUGUCAAUCCUUGACAACAAUUAAAUGUGAUGGAACUACACGAA